AUGGACGACAAUUCCAUUAAUCCAGGUGAUGAAGAUGAAGUUCUUCCAGAGUCGCCAUUCGAGGAAUCGUUGCAGGAAAAUGAGGUGUUUGAACGGGCAGCUCACCACCCUUCUGCGCCUCUUCAUGAGGUAUUUGAUAUAUCAACAGCGGUGGAUCCAAGUUUUAUAAUAUCCUUGAUAAGAAAACUCCUACCUACAGGACAAAGCAGUCUGUCUCAGAGAAUCCAAAAUGAUGAUCUACCUGGAGAUGGACCAAGUGCUGAAACUGUUGAGCAGUUCAGAGUCUCUCCGCACAUCAGAGCAGAUGAUGUACAACUAGCAUGUGGUGAACAUGAUAUUGGAUACCAAAAUGGAAAUGAUGAACCGAUAUAUAUGGAUGAUGAACAGCAACAUGAACAGAAAAAUCUCACUUUUCCAGAAAUGGAGGCUGCAUGGGAAGAGCAUGGAUGCACUUUAUGGGAUCUUGCUGCUAGUGAAACUCAUGCUGAACUAAUGGUGGAAAAUCUUAUUCUUGAAGUAAUUAUGGCUAACUUAAAGGUUUCUCAAUCUGUCCGAAUUAUUGAAAUAAGUCUAGGAAUCAUGGGAAAUCUGGCUUGCCAUGAUGUGUCAAGGAAAAAGAUGUCCGCGACAAAUGGGUUGAUUGAGACAGUUGUUGAUAAGCUCUUUCUGAAUGAUUCGCGUUGCCUUUGUGAAGCAUUUCGGCUUCUAACGUUAUCUGUUCAAGGUGGUGAAGCUGUCAUCUGGGCAGAAGCAUUAUCAUCUGAGCAUGUACUGUCUCGUGUUUUGUGGGUAGUUGAGAACACCCUGAAUGUGGAACUCAUUGAGAAGAGUAUUGGAUUUUUAACAAUAGUAGGAAGUCAGCAAGAUGUGGCCACUGUUCUUGUGCCACAGUUGAUGAAGUUAGGCCUUUCUGGUCUCCUGAUUAAUCAGUUUAUUCUUGCUAUGAACAAACUGACAGAGAAGGGGAUUCCUGAGAGGUAUUCCAUUCUUGACACAGUUCUUCAAGCUAUUGAAGCUCUCUCCAGUGUCAAUGAGUUCUCGUCCUCUAUAUGUUCUGACAAAGAACUUUUCAAGCUUCUGAUCGACCUGAUAAAGAUACCCGAUAAAGUUGAGGUUGCUGAUUCAUGUGUUACUGCUGCAGUUUUGGUUGCAAAUAUUCUGACUGAUUUAGAGCUUGUAGCUUCAGAACUAUCACAUGAUAUGGAAUUUCUGGAGGGCGUAUUUGACACAGUCCCUUUGGCUUCUGAUGACAUAGAAGCAAAAAGUGCACUCUGGAGCACUCUUGCAAGAAUACUGAAUUGUGUUGAAGUCAAAGAGUUGAACACAUCUACCUUACAUCAGUAUCUGUCAAUUAUUGUCAAAUAUUCAGAUAUGAUCGAGGAGGAGCUCUUGAAUUUUCAACUAGACGAGGCAAAUGAAGUCUCCCAAAGCCUUACAUCUAAUGGAGAAGAUCUAAGUGCAAGAUCUAGGGUUCUCAGAGGGAUGUUUAAUGUUCUAAGGCACUGGAAAUCUUUCAAAGCUCAAGCAAUGGAAACUGCCAGUCUGGAGCAAGAAUUGGUAAACAAAGGAGAUGUCGAUAAAAUGCUUUAUAUUUGUCGUCAAUUGAUCUAA